CACCAAAAUGGCAUCCUUCAAGAUUGUACUUGGCCUUUCCCUUCUUGCUACCUGCGUCAUGGCUGGUGGCAGAUAUAGAGGUGGAGGUGGCGGAGGGAUCAUUGGAGGAGGCAUUGGAGGAGGCUUCGGACAUGGUGGAGGCAUUGGAGGAGGCUUCGGACAUGGUGGAGGCAUUGGAGGAGGCUUCGGACAUGGUGGAGGUAUUGGAGGAGGCUUCGGGCACGGUGGGGGUAUUGGAGGAGGUAUUGGAGGAGGAUAUGGAUCUGGCGGAGGCCAUGGAGGAGGCAUUUCAAUCAUCCCAGCUAUUGGAGGAUUGAUAGAUUCUUCUGUGAGUUAUGGAGGUGCCGGUUCAGGCUUUUGGAGGUUCAGGAUUUGGAGGUUCAGGAUUUGGAGGCCACGGAGGUUCAUUCGGUGGGGGCCACGGAGGCUCUUUCGGUGGAGGUUCCUUCGGUGGAGGCCAUGGUAGGCCAUAUGGUAAAUAAAUACAAUACAAGCCAAAGGUAUAAUGAUUGCUACAACGUCUUCUCUUCCUUGAUGAUAAGUGAAGAACACACUACACUUUCUUUAAUUUAUGAAAACAAUGGACAAAUUUUGACUAUUUUGUUUCUAAUAUUGGUUAAAAGAAGAUAUUUCUUUUAAAACCAGGCACACUGUGGACUAAGAGAUCCAUGGUCAGAAUGUAAAAAUACUAUUAAUGUUAAUUCACUAAUUAAAACGUAAAUAUAACAGUAAAUAAA